UUUUUUGUUGUCGCAACUCUUUUCCAGAAAAAUACAAUAAUAAUAAUAUUCUAGUCGUUAACAUCUGAAUUAAUGUUUAUUAUCGAGCUUGUGUCUUGCAAAGCGUUAACGCAACAAACGAGUUAAGUAUUUGCUUUUCUUCUUUUGCACAUAUUUGUGUCUUAAUAUUUUUAUCUUCGUCCACCGACAUAGUUCGUUUUUUUUGUCUGGUGUACCAUACCAGUGAUCAUUUUAGUGUAGAGGUAGUCAAUAAAUGUCCGUAUUGUUGUGAGAGGGAAUUCAUCGCGAUCGUUUGUGAAGAGACAUUCGGUUUAUGUUCUAGGCAAAUUCAUAAUGAGCUUCCUAUUCGGAGGCCGAUCAUCAAAGACUUUUAAACCUAAGAAGAAUAUACCAGAAGGUACCCACCAAUACGAUCUGAUGAAACACGCGGCAGCCACUCUUGGUUCCGGCAAUCUGAGAUUGGCUGUACUACUACCCGAGGGCGAAGAUCUCAAUGAAUGGGUUGCUGUCAACACUGUUGAUUUUUUCAAUCAAAUAAACAUGUUGUAUGGUACAAUAACGGAGUUUUGCACCGAGGAAAGUUGUUCUAUAAUGUCUGCUGGACCUAAAUACGAAUAUCAUUGGGCAGAUGGCCUGACUGUAAAGAAACCAAUUAAGUGUUCUGCUCCAAAAUACAUCGAUUAUUUGAUGACUUGGGUUCAGGAUCAAUUGGACGAUGAAACAUUGUUUCCUUCAAAAAUCGGUGUCCCAUUUCCUAAAAACUUCUUAUCGAUUGCUAAGACAAUACUUAAACGGUUAUUCAGGGUGUAUGCACAUAUAUAUCAUACACAUUUCGAUUCAAUUGUAACGCUUGGCGAGGAAGCACAUCUCAACACAUCUUUUAAGCAUUUUAUUUACUUUGUUCAGGAAUUUGUACUAAUUGAUCGAAGAGAACUUGCUCCAUUACAAGACUAUAUUGAUAAAUUGGCUGGCAGAGAAACUAGAUAAGUGACUUAAAGGUGCUUGAAGAAGAAUUGAACUUAGCACAAUGAGUUUACAGCUUUAAUCUUUCUGAUGUGAUGACUUAUUUUUUUAUUAAAAAAAUAGUUCUCAUACACAAACACACAUAUAAAAAUUAAUAAUUAGGAAGUUAGUCAAUUGGCAUUCAUUAUAUGUACAAACAAAUAUAUUUUUAUGUAAUACUAUUAUCAAUGCUAUGAUGCUAAUCAUUGAUAUAAGCACUAUUCUGUAUAUUGUCUAGACAAUCUUCCACCAAAGAAAAUCCAUUUAAGUAUAGUUUCAGUUUUACUACUAUUUUGUACGAUUUUAUAAUAGAAUUACUAAUAUAUAUAUUAUUAUAUUAUAAAUGACUAAUAUACAUUAAUUAUUUAUUUUUAGUAUAUACAGUGUGCCAGAAUAGUAACUACUGUAUGUAGGAAUCUCUGAACAAAAUUAUCAGAACAACGAAAUGUUUAUUUUUAAUGUAAUUUAUACCAUAUUAUAUUGCAAUAAUGCAAUCUUAUUUUAUAGAGUUAUUGCUUUUAUAUUAAUUUUUAAACAGUAACUAUUGUUGGUGCACUUGUGAUAAAUAUAUAUCAGAAAAAAAUUA